UGACAGAGUGGGAGGGCCACUCGGUGCAACUAAUAAGGACCGAGAUCUUGCAGGCGAUCCCACUGUGACUUUUAUUUCCAAGUCCUGGAAUCCGGAAUCGGACCGAUCGUAAUCGCACAUGGAUUAUGCCUUUUUUCGCUGCCGUUUGUUUGUUUUUGCCAUAGAGGAAACUUUCACCGCAGCUGUUUUGAAGUGGCCUGCUCAUUAGUGUCCGAACCAUGAUGUACCUGCCAAGAUGGACUGCUCUCCUCUGGACUCUGAAUUUCAUUCCUUGCUCUUUUGGAAUGGCAGUGAGUGAACGGACAGAUGACUCAUGCCCUCCUCUGAGUGUGGAGGAACACAGGUUUUCCGAUGUUUUAGAUCGUCCUCUGGAAAUCACAGGAUUUGAUCUCACCGAAAAGUUUCUUCUCCGAAAGGGAACAACCUCAGAAGACCUGCCUUCAUUUCGUUUAGGGAGCAGUCCGCUGAUUAAGCCAACGAUACUCGUUUUUCCAAAUGGGCUUUCAAGCGAAUACUCCCUCGUCACCAUCUUCCGGGUAAGGAGAACGACAAAAAAGGACCGCUGGUAUCUUUGGCAGAUUUUUGACCAGGAAGGAGGCAGUCAGGUGUCUGUUGUGGUGGACGGCAACAAGAAGGUGGUCGAAUUCUCCUUCCAGGGUCUGCUGAAGAACACUCUACGCUACACAUUUAAGAGCCGUGACCUACAUGGCCUUUUUGAUCGCCAGUGGCACAAGCUGGGCAUUUCUGUGCAGAGCAACAUCGUCUCACUUUACAUGGACUGCAAGCUCAUAGAAAGGAGACUGACUGAGGAGAAGGACAGCAUCGGCCCCAGUGGGCGAACGCUCAUCACUACGCGAAUGGAGGAUGGGCGGCCCGUCGAUAUUGAAGUGAGACAAAUUCUCAUCUACUGUGACCCAUACAUGGCUGAGAUGGAAAACUGCUGUGAGCUGCUGGAACCAAAGUGUGAAGCCAAGGAGACAUUUAAUGGGACUUCCCCACCUCCACUGGUUACACAGCAGCUCCCCCAGAUGCUGUCUCAGCCGGUCUCACAGCCAAUGGACAGAUGUCCCUGUCCAGCUGAAAAGGGCAGUGCUGGUCUUCAAGGGGUUGUUGGCCUGUCAGGAGCAAAAGGGGAUAAAGGAGACAAGGGGGACUCGGGGGAAGUUGGGCCUGAAGGAAACCCAGGACAUAAGGGGGAACCUGGAUCAGAAGGGCAACAGGGAAUCGAUGGGGAGAAGGGUCUGAAAGGUGACCCAGGGCCAGUUGGUCCAGUUGGUCCCAAGGGAAACCAAGGUGACGCGGGCAAGCCUGGAACUCCAGGGCUGCCUGUUAACAAGGAACGUCUCAAAGGAGUUCAGGGCCCUCGGGGCGACACAGGAGAAAAGGGAUCGACUGGGAUGUCAGGGGAACCAGGCAAAGAGGGCAAAAGGGGACGGCGAGGAAAGAGUGGUGAGCCUGGACUCAGAGGACUACCUGGGGAGAAGGGUGACUCUGGAGUCCCAGGAGAGAAAGGAGCCCCCGGUCAGCCAGGUGCCGAGGGUGCCGGCGUGAUGAAAGGACAAAAAGGUGAUGUUGGCCCUCCUGGUCCUCCUGGUCCUGUGAUGACGGCUCAUGGAUUAAGACAGCUCUCUGGAACUGACGAAGUGAAGGAGAAGACCCAAAAAGGAGAGAAGGGAGAUCAGGGGGAGAGAGGAGCACAAGGACUGCAAGGCUUCAAGGGAAACACAGGGCCGCCAGGACUAAAGGGAGAUCAAGGACCGGAGGGGAAACAAGGCCCGUCUGGACCCACUGGACUCCCAGGACACCCCGGCGAGCCAGGCUCGCCAGGGGAGCUCGGGGUGCCUGGGAGAGAUGGCCUGAAAGGAGAAAAGGGCGACUCUGGCGGAGUGAUAGGGCCACAGGGACCCCCGGGCCCUAAGGGUGAGCCUGGAGAAGCUGGAGGUGGAUAUAUGGGAGAUGGGCUGUCACUGUCGAGAGGCUCUCGUGGACCCAAGGGUGAGAGAGGUGUCCCAGGACUGCCAGGAGACCACGGUGAAAAAGGGGAACCUGGAGAGAGUAUUCUAGGCCCAACUGGCCCCAUGGGAACCCCGGGACCGCCAGGAAUUAAGGGCUCUCGUGGACCUCCAGGUUUUUCUGGCCCUCCCGGAGUUCCAGGAAGAGAGGGAUCCCCCGGUAGACCGGGUCCUCCAGGCCCUGCUGGACCCCCAGGUGAACCAACCGCUCUGCCAAUCGUCGGAGACAUGGGUUCUUUACUUAAGAAUGCCUGCAGUGUGUGCCAGACCAGACUCCCAGGGCUGCCUGGGCAGAAAGGAGAGAAAGGCACCCCUGGAGUGCAAGGAGUGGAAGGCAUGGUGGGAGAAAAGGGAGAUCCAGGUAUAAGAGGUCCUAUGGGGAACCCUGGAAAGGAAGGCCCAAAGGGGGUAAAAGGAGAGCGAGGCUUCCCGGGCCCCACUGGAGAUAAAGGCGAUGAGGGGCCUCCAGGAGUACCAGGACUUCCCGGUAUGACCGGUCGCACAGGAGCCCCGGGGCUAAUGGGGCGACCUGGUCCAGUGGGCCAGUCAGGCACAAAAGGAGAAAAAGGAACUGAAGGUCCCACAGGCAGACCGGGGCUUCCAGGUCCUCCGGGUGUACCCCUUGUGGAGGGCAAUGGGAUGAGCAGUCUGUACAAGCUGCAGAGUGGCGGAGCUGUUUUAGGACCCCCUGGAGCUCCCGGUGCUCCGGGUCCCAAAGGAGAUGAAGGACUUGCAGGGGAACCGGGAGCCAUGGGAUUACCUGGGCUGGAAGGUCUACCUGGUCCCAAGGGUGAUGUUGGUUUGUCUGGUCCACCUGGGACACUCGGUCCUCCAGGGAAGCCCGGACCUCGUGGCGAACCAGGGAUCCCAGGGGAGCCGGGUGAGCGGGGGCCGCUUGGAGAGACAGGAUUCCCAGGACCCGAGGGACCACAAGGUGUUCCUGGGAGACAUGGAAAGGAUGGAACUCCGGGAGACAAGGGAGCCACAGGUAAACCAGGGGACAGAGGACCCAAAGGAGAACGUGGUGAUUCUGGGAUUCCUGGAGGAAGAGGCGUUCAAGGCGAGAGAGGUCGCUCAGGAGAUCCUGGCCUGAGUGGACCGAUGGGACUGCCAGGCCAAAAAGGUGAUACAGGCUCUCCAGGACAGGUGGAGAGUGUAAACCUCCUGGGAGACCCAAGUUUCAUAGAGGAACUGAAGAUGAUUAUCCAAAAGGAAGUACUAAGGGUCCUUGGAGAGAAGCUAUCAGGCGCUGCCAUGCUGCAGAAGACACCUGCAGGCAUCCUAGCUCCGCAGGUUCAAGGGCCUCCAGGACCUCCUGGCCAAGUCGGACCACCAGGGGAGCCUGGUCCUCAAGGAUACAGAGGUCAGAAAGGAGAACGAGGCCAGUUUGGGCUCGGGCUGCCAGGUGAUCCAGGACCCAUGGGGCCGCCGGGGCCUCCUGGAGCCCCCUUCCAGGGCCGUCCUGGCCCUCAGGGGCCCUCUGGACCUCCUGGGACGUGCAACCCCAGCGAUUGUCUCCUGCCGUCCUUGUGAAUCCAGCAGCAGAGAGGUUUGAGCUCGUUGGACGACGGGCUUUUAGAGCUGGAGUCGCGCGGCCUCGCUACAUCUGACAGCUUCCUCGGCUCGGCUUUAUCACACAGACUCACUACUGACCUCUUUUGUUCACCUUACUAUGACAUUUGGAUGCAGUGUGGGGGGGGGGGGGGGGUUUCCGGGGGUUGCUUUGGAAUGCAGUGGCAAACCUUUUGAGUUUUAUCCUUUCUUUUUGCUGUACUUUUAAGUUAUUUUCUUACAUCCACUACUGUAAUGUAAUGCAUUCCUCAUCAACUCUCAUUCUUUCUUUCAAAACCAUGAAAUGACUUUGUUUUUGUUUUUUAACAUUCAUCCUGUGUGAAAACAUGAUCUUGAUUAUUUGUUUGCCUCCCUAAUGGGCGUGCCUAUGCACUCUUCUGUUCUCUGUGAUUCAGAGAAGCCUGCAUGUGUGUGUGCGUGCGCGGGCUUCUACCUUUGUGAGGGUCACUAUGACCCUUAGACCUCAGUCUCAGUCUAGACUCGGGUCUAAACUGGGCUUUUUGAGGGCUAAGACUUUAGUUUUUGGGGUUAGGGUUUGGGGGUAAAAGGGCUAUGGAGAAUGUAUCACUUCAGUCAGUGUCCCCACAAAGAUAGAAGUACACACACACGUGUGUUGGUGUGGGAGAGAAAUCUGAAUGAAUGUAUGUUUGAGAAAAUUCCCAAUGUUUUUGAAACUCUUUAUGCAACCAAAGUGCAGCAGAUGUGUCUAAUAUGGAGAAUUCUUUAUUCUGAGCGUGUUCUUUAGAAUGUAUUUGACAGAUGGCAGCGAUAAUUGUAGUAAUCGCAACACGGAUAUCCAGUAAUGUAAUUACUGGAAGGUGCACGGCUACGUUUUUGAAUCAGAGAUGUUCUGUUCGCCGACAUAAGCGCUCAUUUGCGGUUUUAUGCACUCAUUAGCGAGGUUUGUCGUGGCAUUUUUAAUCCCAAAAAAGUAACAUAGCUUUUGUCUGACGGUCACAGACCCCAAGGGCAAAUUUUUCAAAAUGUUGAAAAGUGAAACGAGAUGUGAUGAGAGCCCACGCAUUCACCUUCACUGUUGGUUUACCCUGUAAAUAGGAUAAAUGACCCUCACCCUCUGUUUUUUCCCCCUUGUCUAACGGGGUCUGAUGACGGGACCGUGCAAAGAUAAUUAAAAAGAUAGUACAUAAGCGUCAUUAAUGUGUCAGCGUAACGACACGUUAAAGUUUCUCACGUUUGUCAUCAAUCACACGUCGCGGUCCGUGCCGUUUUCUCGUGACUGGGAGAAUUAUUCAUGUGAAUUGUUUACAAAGUGUUGUGUAUGAUGAUUCCUCUGGUUUUAUUUGUAUAUUUUUGAUUAUUUGCAGCCGCACAAAGGAAAUCGGACGCCUACACUGCAACUUCAGACUACUCCUCCUCCUCCUCCUUCUUCUUGUUGUGAGUCGUCACACUCACAAACAUACUUGAACUUUUCGUGAGUUGUUUUUAGCAGUAUCAUGGUCAGAGGUCGUGGUUUAUCACUCACUCACUGACCAGUACUGUGUCACUAUGUAUCACUGGGGUUUUUUUUGAUGGGUGGCGGUAUAGCAUAAUACUGGAGUUCUGAUGUAUUUAUUUGCUGUAAUAUGUUUGAAUUUUAUUUAAAUGUUCUUAAAUGUUGUCAGAAAGGUUUGAGUUAGCUUUCCCCAAACAAAAAAAAAGGAAAAAAGAAAUUCCAAUUUACCACAGAGUCAUUUAUUUAUAGAUUAAAGAUUCAAUCAUGGAUCUGUUUAAAGAUUUUGAGAAAUUUGAUGUUUAAAAUCAUCUUUAUUAACGUAUAUAACAACGUGAAACAAUUAAAUAUGUUCUGUACAUGGGCGUUCACUGUGAGCACUGUUUAAAUGAAAGUUUGACUCAAAGACUUUACAUUUACUUUUAAGUGCCCUGCUGUGAUUAAUGUUUGAAAAGUUCUGUGGGUGUAUCUGACACUUGACGAUGUUAAGAACUUGGCACUUUCUUUAUUUCAUCUUUUUAAGAUCUGUUUGACACUUUCCCCCCCCCCCCCCCCCUUUUUCCUUUCGCGUCUCACAUCACAGAAAGUCGUCACCCUUCUCUUACACAUGUAAAUUAUAACGCAUCGUAUUCUGCAGCUGCAGAGCGCUUUUUUUUCCUUUCUUUCUUUUUUUUUAAACACUUUCCUCUGCAUGGCAGCUUAGAUUCAUCUGUUAAAUUUGAUCUGUAUGAGUGGGUAUGAUUUUAGAUGGGGAACUAAAAACCUGUGUAUGCCAACAACCUCAUUCGUGAGUUCAAAGCGCCCCCUGCUGGAUAUGCAUUCAUGUUGUCGUCACUUGUAAUGUGCAUGAAAAACAAUCCUUCUUUGGGUUAUAAGCUUCAUAAAAUCCUUCCUUUCUAUUGA